CAUUGUAUGGCUGGUAUACCCUGGCAGCGGAGAUGGAAAUUGAACUAGCGAAGGACCGUAGCAGAAGGCAGCGCACUGGAAGACCUUACCCGGCCCAUUCUCCUGGGUGGCCCUCAAGGGACACGCCCAGACCAGAGGGAGGGGGACAACGAUCGACUGCGUGCUACAGAUGCGGAAAAGAGGGCCAUCGGGCAGCCGACUGUCGAGUGAAGUUGGUUCCAAGCACGACCCCUGGUGGUGGGAAGGCAGCAGUGAAACCAACUGCUAAGGCACGAAAACCGGCAAAAAUGGAGGACGGCAUUGCCAAGAAGGGCACGCCCAUCCAGGAGGACCGCGAAGCGUCGACCGACACUGAUGACAGCAAAACCACAUCGGAGUCCGACGAAGACUUUCUGGACUGACGUCCUUGUUGCAGGAGGGCCGAAUGUCAGCCUCCACUCCACUCUUCAUUUAUUUUUAAAUGAUUAUAUCAGUAGAUAGAAUGUAAAAUGUUUAUUUCUGUAUUAUAAACUUUUAGGAUCAUGAGGUGAAUCAUACCACCGUCCGGGGUAAGGGAAAAGAGCUUAUUAUUAGUGUCGGCUGACAUAACUGGGAGGAGGGGUGAUUAAUGAUUGAAUGUUAUCAGCGCGCGCUUUCCUAACCGACACUGCAUUCCUGAGUUGACUGACAUCCAGAGACCUGUGGAAGAAGAUUACCACGAGGGGCCGUGAAGGAGUUGGCAUUGGACCAGACCAGCCUGACCUCCUGGAGGAGGAGGGACAAUUGGGGGGAUAUGAUAUGUUUGCCAUAUUUUGUCUCAGUUCCAGCUUUGCUUGGCUGCUAACCAGACUGUAAAAGUAAAAGUACUUGUUUCCAUACCAAAUGGAGUCAAGGUGAAUUCUUUCCUAUUUGCCGUCGGGGGUAGCCUGACAGAGGUGUGGAUUCCAGAGGCUCCAGAGGCUGACAGUAGUGAGGCAGAGGAACAGGAGGAGCCUGUUCCUAAUGCACGCAUGAGAAGAGCUGCCAGAAGGCAACAGCAGCUCAAGCAGAGAGGACGACUCGGGAGUAAGGCCAAGAGAUGAUUGGUUCCUCCCAUAAGGCUUAAAAGACCCGCAACUGCGUUUGGGCUGUUUGCCGGAAAACAAUGUUGACAGCUUCGUCUUGUUGCAUUUAUUUUGUAUCGGUGUCUUCUGAACUUUUGCCAAGAAAGGCCUUUGGCAGUUUGCCUAAUUGGACCAAGGUUGGUGAUAGGACUGAGGAAUUUGUGUUGGGAGGAAUUUGCUUCAAUUUGAGUUGUACGACGCUGGGAAUGAAGCAAUUCUCAGCUGUUCGAAUAAAGUUUGUUUGUUUUUUCACGGACUGAGUUUCCUACUACCUACUUGGGCCUGGGUCACAACACAGGCUCAAGGCGGCACUCAGAGGCAGGCGGCUACCGACAGCACU